AUGCAAAAUAACUCGACUGUCGAAAUAACUGUGAUUUUCUUUUCUAAAUUGGGUUUAUGAAUGAAAAAGUGAUUUUGUAUUAAAUUGUAUGAAGAAUAAAUAAAAUCUUCAUCAGAACCAUGCGAGAAGAUAUUAGUAUCACCAACCAGAUGGCGACACAGAAAACAUUCAAUUUAGUACAUCUGUUAAAAAGCACGAAAAGGCUUAAGGUUGUUCAGAAUGCUGUGCGUCAAUUACAACAUUGCGUGACAGAACGCAGUGCAAUCGAGGUUGUUGAAAUAUUUCAUCAAGAGCAACGGAAAAACGGCGCUGGCGGCUACUGUAAGAAUGCUAAUAAACGGCUCUCACUUGAAAUGGCAUAUCAACGCAGAGCAGAAACCAUUUUACAAGAUGAAAAUUGUUUCAAAGUGUACAUAUACAAACUCGACUGUAGAAUAACGAUAGAGUUACUUGAUACCGAAAGUGAUGAUAAUGAAAAAAAUGCACAAAAUGCUAAGACAUGGGAUAACUACGUUGAUCGCCUCACCAAUCCUGUGUCUGCUAAUACGAAUGAUCUUACAAAUCAAAGUAGUGUCCCGAUCGCAAGAUCAGCUAGUGAUGAAACAUCGUUAACGAUAAAGGAAGAAAAGAUGGAUGAUGAUCUGGUGAGUAAAAAAUACUUUCGUAUACAUACUUUCGUUUACUAUCUUCAAGAUUUUCUGAUUGAUAUUAAUUUUAGUUUUGGCAUUUUUACCUAUUUUUGCUAAAAUAUAUUAUACUGGCCGACACGGUAGGUACUUUGGCAGGGACACAGCUCCCAGCAGAAUAACUUAACGUUACAUGAAUUAUUAUUAUUAAAAUCGAAAAAUCAAAAUUAAACUAAAAUGUUGCUGCGUUCUACUGCGUCUCAACCACGUAUGUAUUGAACCCAUUGAAGUGUAUUUGGAGCCCACGAUCCAUCUCGAAUAUAUCGGGAGUGUAUCCAAACGACCUGAAAUCACAAACAAAAAUGUGUAAUAACAACAUUUUCUGUUGCCUUUGUAUAAGAUGCAUUUUGCAGCCACUGUAUCACGAUGCCAAACUGUUUUAAGUCCUGUUGGACGCUGAUUCGACGCAUUGCUCUGUCGUAAAUAGGCCUCCGCAUCUUCGAAUGCGUUAGAUCUUCGACGUAUGUGGCUUCAUCUUCUUCUUGUGCAGCAGCAUUCUCCGUUUCAACGUCUGAUUCAAUGAUUGAUCGUCAGUUUUUCCGGUAUACUUAACUUUAGCGAAUUGGCGAAUUUGGUGAAACCUCUACGGCGCCCAUGAAGAAAAUGGUUGGCUUACGAUUCAUCAAUCGAACGACCAGCCCAUUAAUCUUCUCCAUAUCGAAAUAAUGUGCCCAAUUCUCAUGACGGUGCGCAUAGAAAUCAUUCUGUUCCAUUUUCUUCUCAUCGUCUGCAAUCGAUUAGUUAGUGAGAGCUAACAUCAAUUUCGUGUCGAUCGGUAUGUAUUUCAGUUGAAAUGAAUUCAUUGGAACCACUGCGAAAUUUCUAACACUCGGUGGAUGAAAUGCACUUGGCUGCGGUAUCAUACGAUUUCGUUUGUGUUGCGCUCAAGUCCACAGUGUCAUUGUGCUACUGUUCAACAACGCAUUGAAUGCGACAAAACAUGUAUAACGAUUGAAACCAAUGAGUUGUAACGAAAUCAAACAUGUAAUUGUUUGCUGGACCACCAAUUUCUCGGAAUUGCUUCAGGAAAUAUUCGUACAACAAUUCCUAGUCAGAAUCAGGGCAUUUUCAUCCAAUUUUCGUGUUUGUUCUUUUUUGUAUCGACAUCAUUUUCAGACGCCAGUUUGAUCGCUUUUUCACCGUCCUGUUCGAAAUAGUCGGUAUCGACGCCAUCGAUCUUGUAGUCCGUUGCACGAUUCACUUGAUACAAAAAAAG